AUUAGCUUGUUACAAACAGUUGAAAAAUAUGGUAGAUAUUUUCACUUUCAUUCGGUUCAAGUUAAUUCUAAGCUUUCUUUUUUCACUAGAUAUUAAUUUGGGUCGAUGGUCACAAAUGACACCAAUGUUAACUCCACGUUCAGGAGCUGGUUGUGCAACAGUUGAUCAUUAUAUAUUUGCUUGUGGUGGAUUUGAUGGAACAAUUCAUUUAUCAAGUGUAGAACGAUAUGAUAGUCAAAUAAAUCAAUGGACAAAUGUGACAACUGUUAUUGGUGGUUAUGAUGGAACAUCUUUACUUGAUACAGUUGAAGUUUAUGAUAGUGAUAAAGAUGAAUGGACAAUUGAAAGUCAAAUGUUAACACCGAGAUGUGAUUCAGGUUUUGCUUGUGUCGCUUAUCGACAAUAG